AUGGAAGUUGUUGUGCGUUGUUGGAUCAAGAAUCUCGAAUACUUACGCGAGGAUACGAGAAAUGUGUCGAUUGUGGGAAUUAUUGUGGGAAAAUCCGAGGCGAAGAUAUUCGAUAGCGCUGAAGGCGAGGCGAGAGGCGUUUUCACGCUGACUCUCAGGGAUUCCAUCAGGGACACGAUCAACUGUGUCUUCUGGGGCUCUAAGGACUUCAUCUUGACCACCAACAAGGCGUUCAAGUACGGUGACGUGGUGAACGUUGUGGAGGCGCGCGUGAGUUCACCGGAAAGAUCGGGUUUUCAGCCAGUGUCUUCCUCCCAAUUCCUCCUAACCGUCAAUGAGGACAAGGGGAAGAUCUACCAAUACACAGGCCCACAGGAAAACUUCAGAAAAUUCCUUAGGGUGCCACUGAAGUCCAUGGCAUUGACGCUGAGCCUGGCUGAUGUGAAUUCCCGAGGAGAGCUCACUUCUGGAGACUUUGUGGACGUUCUGGUGAUUGUGCGAGCAAUCCGACCCGCCAGAGAGGUGAAAACGCGCUUCGGAAAGAUCACGCAGUGUCGCGAAAUCAUAGUCGCGGAUAAAACCUUCCCAGGAAUGCUUCUCACCUUCUGGGGAAAGUGCUGCGAUGAGAGAAUUGACUCCUGGAAGCCGCUGAAGACUUCCCUUAUGCUCUACGAUGUGAAGAGUGAUUUUUCAUCCUUCCAUCGCGCCGUUAUUCUCAGCUUCACCUCUCGAACGCUCAUCACAGAAGAUGUUGAAGCCCCAGAAGCCGAAGAUUUGAUCGCUUAUGCAGCCAAUAUGCCUAUUAUCGAAGGAUUUUCCCUCGACACCAACGAUCUGCCUGCUCCAGAGCACAUCCGGAGCGUCAUGAGUGUGCAGCAGGUCCUGGACAGAGCCGAGGGGCAACUCAACGCGGGAAAUGACACGCAAUUCACAGCCUUGAUUUACGCCGUGAUCACCAAACUCGACUUGGACGGAUUCUCCAGGAUCGUCACGGAAAGAUGUGCUUUCUGCAAGAAGAUCAUCAACGGCGAGUGCGCCGAGGCGGAUUGCGCUCUGCUGCAGUUCAACGGCUCGCAGAUGAACAUCGUGACCUUUGAGAUCCUCGUGGAUCUGUCCGAUCACACAGGAACGCUGGCCAAUUGCCGCCUCGUGAGCGACGCCGCCGAACGUCUGCUGGGCCUGACGCCGGGGCAGUUCCUGCUGCUGUCGCCCGACCAGAGGAGCCAGCUCAAGUGGGCGACGCUGCUGGAGAGAUGCGCCGUGAAGGUGGUGGUGCGCAAGAAGUCCAUCUUCAGGCCCAGAAUGUGGAUUGGCGUCGUGGAGUGUCGCCUGGCGGAUUGCGAAGAUGUGGCGAGGAAUAUUAAGGUUUACUAA